AUGCCUCACAAGCAGGCUGUUGUUACCCUCCACCCACUCUUCCAGCCCGAUGUCCUCCCGUUUCGUUCCCUAACCUUCGCUUCUGACCUCGACAUCGUCAAGAUUGGCCGAGCAUCUAAGCGAGAAGCAAAGAAUCUCACCCCUGCGCCGCAUAAUGGCCUGUACGACUCGCGGGUGAUGUCUCGAGACCAUGCAAGGAUGAGGAUCGUUUAUCUACGGGACGGUGGUUCUAUGCAUGGUACCUGGAUCAAUGGUAAAAAGAUGCCUGCUGAAAAGGAUAUUACAAUCAAUAACGGGGAUGUGGUGACCUUCGGUGCUGAAGUCACGCGUGGUCAGGAUACGCAUCUGCCUCUGAGGAUUCGUUGCGAAUAUCAGUGGUCCGACAUUGAGGAUAAGAAGGCGUCGGAUAAUGGAGAGCAGCAACAGCAGCACAUUCACAAAUCAAACACUUUCUGCGUCCCUGAUGACGACGAUGACGAACAGAUUGAGAUCGCGGAUGAUUCGGUCCCCUUGGAUUCUCCUUUUAGCGGGUCUCGCGACCAGGACGACUCGGAUUCUUCUUCGGAUUCUGAUAAUCAGCAACCUAUCGAGAUCUCAACACCGAUGACCUCACCUCUGAAGAAAGAAGCUCUAUCAAAUCUGCCAGAGCGGAAGAUAUCGGAGCGUGCCACCAGCGUCGAAUGUCUCAUGAGCGGAUCACAACAGAGCCCAAUCCCUCUUGACGAGGACAACCCUGAACAGCCUCUUGUGACUCCAAGAAUGACCCCUCCCACCGUCGAAGAUACCUAUGCCAGCUCCUAUGCCGGUACGUCCAUUGUCAUGGAGGAAGAUAUGGACGAGCCCGACCUCGCUGCUUUCACUGGGGGACAGUCGUGUACGGGGUCUGACUAUUGGGAAGAAAAUGAAGAGCAAGAUGACUCGGAGGAUGAGGCGUCCGAGCUAAGUUCAUAUAUGGAUACCGACGCAUUGGACCAAGCCGUUCAUCCUACUGCUGGCGGAAACUGUGUCCCUGAGGAGGGAUACAAGACACUGAUGACUUCAGCCCGUGGGCCUUCCAACUUGAAGAACACCAACGGUUGGUUGAUGAAUUCGGAUGACUCGUCUGCCCCAUUGGCGAGCAUAAGAAAUGAAUAUUUGAAAACUAGGGCGUUCUCCCCCAUUUCUGGCCCAUCUCAACCACCGACCGAAUUUUUGACUGAUCCAGUCUCUGCACCACUGAUCUGGCCAUCCAUUCCAGCUUCCAACGGAACCACCAGUGUGCCAUCGCGAUUUAAUGAGAACUCGAUCAAACCCUCACUUCCGUAUUUUCAUUACAACAACUCCGCCCUCCGUACCGAGGAUUGGCCUCCUGCCCGUACUGUGUACUCAAUUGAGCACAAUUAUCCCAACUCGACUGCGCGCUAUACCGACGGACCAUUCGUGAAUAGUCAGUCGCAGAAAGGUAUGGACCGAGGCAAUGCUAACAACGGGGCGCAUUCAAAUGGUGUUGGUCCUGCCAUUGUUGGUGAAUCGCAUCCGGUCCAAUGCCAACGCAACCCGAACGUCUCCCACCCCAUGGGAGAAAACAUUGCAGUAAAAAUUCCCUCAGAGGUCCAAGAAGAUUCAGCCAACAACGCGGGAAUCUCGCAACGCUUGAAAACUCGCCUGGCGAUCGCUGAUAUCGUUGAUACGUCUACAUGGGUCCCGAUCCAAGGCGGAAAUCAGCCGCGAAAGAGAAAGGCUUCAGAGAUGGAUUCGGACUCGGAGGGUCCCGAUGGAGCUCUCCAGACUCCAGUUGAUCUGCAGUCUACCAAGGGACUUAAUACAGACUCGUUCUCCCAGAAUGCUCAGCCUCACGUUGCUACGUGUGACCUGGCCAGCUUGCACUCCCACUUGACACAGCUUCACCCUGUUACUGAAAGUCAGGCCACUGACCAUCUCCGGAACCCUACUCUUGUGGGGGAGCGUCCGUUGAAGAAAAUGAAGAUGUCAACCCCUGGACCUUCUGGAAGUAAUGCAGCAGAUUCGUCUCUGAAUGGAAAUGCUCAGCGUCCAGGAAAUUUCAAGACUCAUGCUGCCAGUGCUCUGCUUGGUGCUGUGGUAGGUGGCUUAGGAACGAUUGCUAUCCUCGCAUCGCUUCCCACCGAUUACUUCGUUUGA